AUGGCGGCACUGUUGCUACAGAAACUGCGCAAAAAAGAAAGCCUUAGUUCAAAUGAUGAGGUGCAGUGUAAAGUAUUGGAAAACCACGCAACUCACAUCCUUCAUAGUCUUGAAUGCUUGUGGAAACAGGAAUCUAUGUGCGAUGUGUCUUUAUUAGCAGACACCUCAGAGAGAAUUUUAGUCCACAGACUUGUCUUAGUUUCAAGUUGUGAUUAUUUUCACGAUUUAUUUUCCCGCGAAACUAUGUAUGUCGACGAACAAGUGCAAGUAAGGCUUUCUGGUAUAAGCGUCAGUACACUGAAAGAUUUAGUAACCUGCAUGUACACGGGUCGAAUAUCUAUCAAUGACAGUAACGUCCUAGAUCUGCUGACAGCUGCUGACUAUUUGAAAUUUUAUGCAGUUCAAGAAGCCUGCGGUGUAUAUUUGUCCGAUCGACUUAAUAGUGAAAACUGCCUUCGUAUGUUGAAAAUGGCUUAUACGUAUAAUUUAAGAGAUUUAAUUGACAAAGCUUUAAAAAUAGCUGCUGAAAAUUUUACUGACAUUGCAAUUACUCAAGAUUUUCGCCAGCUUGAAGUAUCGCACGUGAAGGCUCUUUUAGCGCAAGAUGGACUGAAGGUGGAUUGCGAACUCGAUGCCUUCAAUCGAGCUUUAGAGUGGAUUGAAGUCGAUUUAAACGAAAGAAAACAACACGCUUUGGAACUUUUGCGUCAAAUUCGCCUUCCCCUCAUAGAUGUUUCUGAUAUAGUGGACCACGUGGAAACUGUAGGGUAUCUAAUGGAGAUCCCUGGGUGUCAAGAACUCGUGAAGGAAGCCCUGCAUUACCAUUGCUUGCCUGCCCGUCAGAGUAUACUACAGUCGUCCAGGACAAAGCCUCGCUCAAAUUUCAUUUUGGAAAGCGUGUUAGCUGUGGGCGGUGCACCUCGCUUGAAAACAGACCCAGUGAGUUCCCAGGUACUGUUUUACAAUUCACAGACUGAUGAAUGGAGAACCUUAACCAAUCUUAAGGAGCCAAGACACCACCAUGCAGUUGCUGUUCUUAGUGGAUUCCUGUACGUAGCCGGCGGUGAAAAAACGAACGGGCAGGAGACCCCCCUGAACACCGCUCACCGCUAUGACCCACGUACAGAUACUUGGCUACAAAUUGCCUCCAUGAAACAUUGCCGAGAGAGCUUUCAGUUGGGUGUACUGAACGGAUUGAUUUACGCAGUUGGUGGUCGUGUAAAUCAGAAAAGUUCCCUCGCUGAUGUGGAGCGUUACAACCCGGCCGUUGAUGAGUGGGAGCCUAUCACUCCCCUUAGUACCCCAAGACGCAGCGCGGCAGUGGCAUCGUUGAACGGACGCUUGUAUGCAAUGGGAGGCUCAGGUGAUCGCCUUAUUUCCAGCAGGGUAGAACGGUACAACCCCCUGACUGACAACUGGGAAAUCCGGCGCUCUCUGAGCACCCCUCGGUUUUUUGCGAUGUUGGUGCCGUGGGCUAAUCACUUAUUCCUGGUGGGGGGAGCUACACUGGACCCCUCGGGGAACGUAACGUGCGUGAGCUGCAUAGAGCGUUACACACCCGUGACAGACACGUGGUGCACGUUAUCGUCCAUGCAAGAACCACGCGCCGAAGCUGGUUGUGCGUUGCUUGGCAGCAAGAUUUACGUUGUGGGUGGUUAUAGCUGGAACCGCGGUGCACGCUUGAGUAGCGUUGAGGUGUAUGAUAUUGAUAAAGAUACGUGGUCUCCCGCAGCAAGUAUCCAUACACCAUACACUGGAAUCUCUUGUGGCGCGCUGACACUCUACAGGCUUCCAAAUAAAAGUCAUGAAUGAUAUUUUGAAAAAUUUCCGUAAAUCCUUAGAUGUCCAUUUUGAAAACAUAAUUGAUGAAAACGUAUUAAUCCCAAUACUGUGUUCUUUAUAUCAUGGUGUAUGAUCUAUAUCUAACUAAAUGUCGUAAUAAGUCAUUGUUCGGUUUGAAUAUUAAUUUAUCAAAAUAUAUUUCAUCUAAUUCAAAUAAAUUUAUUACUUACAAGGACAUUGCUAUGGUUUAACAACGUGUUGUUUAUGUGUUGCUUUAAGCAAUGAUUAGAUAAGGGAUACUUCUGCAUACUUAUAAACAAAACUGAGCGGUCGCCAGUCGCUGACAUCUGACCACAGAAAUAUGCCGUGGGUCUGUCAGCAGGUUAAAGUUAACAUCGGGUUGAAAUAUAAAUACACGCGUGCUUAACGAAUCAUUUGCCUUGUCUAAAUUGUCAAAUUAUUUUUGGACAGUAGGUUAGUUUGGGCGCGGUUGUCUUACAAGAAUGUAGGGUGGUCUUAAUGAUAAAGAUUUCAUCAGUCGGAAGGAAUGUUGUCAUUUCCCAAUUCGCCCAGCACUUUUGAUAACCAAAAUUGCCAUUUUACCUUUUUCGUUUCGAAUGCUGUAUAUCUAGCUUGAGUGUUUCGAAUAACUUGUAAUCAGUCAUUUGUAAAAAUUUUACUAGCGGUAUUAUUCCAUAUACUGAAAAAAAAAGGGGGAAAGGACAUUUUUGAUAUGAUGUCGCUCAUAUAUUUGGACGCCCUGUGAAACAAUGCAACCGGUUUUUAUAGAAAUAUAUUUCAUGGUUUUAUCUAAUCUGAAUCAGUCAGAAGUUUUUUCUUACAUUUUUUUUUUCGUCUCUUAAAAAUUGUUUUGGUAAAAUGGCAUUUCCUUCAGGGAAUUUUAUGCGGUAAAACAUAUUAUAUAUAGCCAAAGACAAUUAAUAAAAAUGACAAAAUUGACUCAAUGUAGUCAAAAAGUUUGACAGCCACGGAACUAGACUGGUAUGAAGCCGAUAACAUUUUCAUCUCUUUCAUAUAAGACAACAAUUUGAGUCAAAUCACCGUGAAAUCGCGUUAUCUGCAGAUUGUGCCCUUUUGGUAGGAUUCGAAAGACUUAAAAAAUGUCAGAUUUUUCGGCGGUACUAAUUUUUUAAAUACAAAAUCAAACAUGAAUUAUCCAUAUUUAAUAUCUGCGGUAAUAAAAGUCUUUAGAAUACCAAUCAGAACACUUCUUUACUAGAAAAACUUACUCAUUUUCGCGCAGU